GGGGGCGAAUAGCAAGCAGCUGAUAAGAUUUUUCGUUCCAUGACUUCUGCUCGUUCGCGAGUUUUUCGGUAUAAGUGAAAACACGUUGACGUGUUUACAAGAUCGGGUUUACCUGAUGUCCAGCAAACGGGUACAGAGUUUGUGACAUUAAUUAUGGUGAUUGUUCGCGUUGACCUUAUUUAUUAAACUUGAAAAAUUCAAAGCCGAAGUUGCGAGUUUAUGUUCGUUAUCAUCAAGUGCUCAAAAUCUAGAGUCAAGAUUACGGUAGUAUUACAUCACCGAUAGUUGUGGGUAGUAAUGCCCAGGGUACAUCAGUGAGAUGUGCCAAGCUAGGCUAGAAGAUAAAUUCUACCGACCUUUAGCGGGGUCUCUUCCACCGUCAACAUUCUCGACUUGCGUUAAAAAGCCUCAAGAUGUCAGCGGUGGAGGCACCACCACUUAUCCGCACUAUCGAAUGGGAUAUGAUGGACAAAACAAAAUUCUUCCCACUCAGUAUGCUGUCAUCUUUCUCCGUUCGAUGCUGCCUAUAUCCCCUGACAGUCAUCAAAACCAGAUUACAAAUUCAAAGGAGAAAUCAUAUGUAUUCAGGCAUGAUAGAUGCGUACAAAAAGAUAUACAAGACCGAAGGCUUCGGCGGACUAUACCGAGGCUUCUGGAUCAGCUCUAUCCAAAUAAUAUCAGGAGUGUUUUACGUGUCAACUUACGAAGGUGUCCGUCAUCUUCUGGGUCAAGACCCAUUCACGGCCCAAUUCGAUUCACGGAUAAAGGCACUGAUUGGCGGAGGUGCAGCCAGCGUCGUUGGACAGACAAUCGUGGUCCCAUUUGAUGUUCUCAGUCAGCACUUGAUGGUCCUUGGAGUUACGACGAAACAUGGCAAACUUGUUGUGGACAAAAUGGGAAUGAAUCCUCUGGGCUUAUCUUUGGAUCCUGGAAGAUCACGGGCCUUUAUUGCUGCCGAAAUAGUGCGACUAAUUUAUCAGCGAGAUGGUCCGAAAGGUUUUUAUCGUGGAUACGUUGCUUCGCUUUGCGCAUACGUUCCAAACAGUGCGCUCUGGUGGGGACUGUACACGUUUUACCAAGAUGAGAUGGUACGAGUACUACCAGUUUGGGUAUCGCAUUUGCUGAUCCAGGCAGUUGCUGGAACGUUGGGUGGUUUUACAACGACUAUAAUCACGAAUCCGUUGGACAUAGUACGUGCUAGACUCCAAGUUCAGAGACUAGAUUCUAUGUGCAACGCGUUUAAAGUUCUUUGGGUGGAAGAAGGUCUACAGAUGUUCACCAAGGGUCUUUCCGCUCGUCUAGUGCAAUCAGCUUGUUUCAGUUUUUCCAUUAUCUUGGGAUACGAGACUAUCAAGAGAGUUAGUAUAAACGAAGAGUACAAGAGCUACGUACGUUGGUGAAUGAGCGAACCGACUGGUUUUCUUCUUUCUUGAUCAAAUGUGUUCAGCUUGAACUCGAAAAAAAUUCUUUGCAGUCGUACUUUGUAGCUGAAUUGCAAAAAAUAAUCAACAACUGAAAAAUUGUAGUUCGAGUAUUCCAACAGAAUUUUCACUUGCGGAUCAAACAACAAUUUCUAGUUUUUUUUAACAGAAUGAAGAAGUGUAAAACUUUGAAUCUUAGCUAAGUCAAAACUAUGUAUAUAUUAAGUACAUAUAUUAUUACGAAACCACAGUAUCUACAGGUAGUGUAAAUAACACUGAUAAUCGGUGAAUAAACCAAUAGCUGAAUUUGUAACAGAUUUUACUCGUCUUUAUCCAGAAAGCUAUAACUACGUCUUAGAAUGAAAUUGGACACGGUACCAAAAACAUUAAAAUGGGUAAAAAAAUAUUUAUGAGAAAAAUACUAAUUCUGCACUCGUACAAAAACCUUGUAUGUGGACAUUCGGAAUUAGACCUCUACAUACUUGUAAUGAUUUAAUUUAUCUAGCGGCAGUAUUCAUCUAAUGUUACACAUUGGGUUAAAAAUUAAAUAGGCAUUAAGUAAAGAAUCUAGGGAUGUUUGAGCUUCUGAGUUAUGAUUAUAGCAACAAAAACGCAUUUCAUGUAUGUAUGUCAGGGUAUCUCAAGAAAAACGAAAGAAUCGAUAUUUCUCGAAUCCGGUGUUGCUAGUCUAAGAUUGAACUUUCUCUGACUGAGAGGUUGUCAGUCGAAUGUGAGAACCAAAGUAAACUUCUGCGUGCCUCUGAAAAUUUUAGUCAAAGUCUAGAAUUUUGGAGAUUCAAUUUUAGGGAACUGAACUACCAAGUGUACCUACAUACGCAUUAAAUUAUUCAUAGGAAAAAAACUAUUGAUUCUGAUUCCUAGAUUUUCAAACAAAUACAGGUAAACUGAUGAGAGUGCGUUGUUAAUCGUGUUACCAAAUAAGGGUUCAAACUUGGAAGUUUUACCGAAUGACUUGAAACUGAUUGUGAAUCAGGCUGGCCCUGACGCUGAUAUAUGUGUAGUAGUUUGUACGCUUCGAAAAUUUUUAUCGUUGAGCAUGCCAAUUUUUAUUAUAUUACGAUCGUUUUUAACGAUAUUAAGUGUUCUACUCGUCAGACCGAGAGAGAUAUAAAAUAGGUUUCAAUAUAUGCAAUCGUGAUUGAACAUCUCUAUUUGGAACGGAGAGUGAUGAAGAUUCAUUAGAUAAAAAAUUCUCAUUGACUUUAUCACAUUUUUGUUAAAUAGCUAAUUUAGAUAUUCGUUACUCAUUAAGGUACUUGGAACAUGUGACUUACCACCGCAUAUUCGGAGCAGUAAAAUAAAUAUACGUGUAUAGAAUCACCUAUAGGCAUCUACCCUGGAUAAUAAAAAUAUCACCGAAUCAUUCAUCGUCGUAUUUUCACCACAACCCUGCAUGAUCAAUAUUCAUACAAAAGCUGUUUCGACGCUGUAAAUUUUAGUUGUAGUUUAUAACAGAAAAGUCUAUUGACAUUACGGUACAUUCAUGCGUAUGAAUACGAAUGUACUUACGUUUGUAGUGGUGUGACUAACCCGAGGCCAUAGACGAGACCCUAUUCAUCCCAUAUUUUGUUAAAGUACAAUACACAACAUUAAUUAAUUUGAAUUUCCAGAAAUUCACUUUGGCAGAGCUAAUUUCUUCACAGAUUAAUCAAGGACUCUAUGUAUGCAUUUACCAAAAGUUAUCCGGUACGAAAUGCAGUGAUAAAUUUAAUUAUUAAUUAUCUACAGAAACAUGCAUGGUUAUAAAAAAUUGCUAUACAUACCUACAGAUGAAGAUUUUGUGCAGCGGUUUAGCGUAAACUAAAUUCUAAUACAAUAUUUUUAGCUUACAUUAUGCAUAAGUGUAAGUGUGUACGAUAUAACAACGAAAAAAAUUGAUGAUUGUUAAGUUACAACUUUCAUAAUCGAUACGAAUCAUGUGAGAAAUCUGACGAAAAACAUUAUGAGGAUUCCCGCCAUCGUUGCAGAGUUGCUGUGAGCACCACCUGUUAAGAAUAAACCGACAAUAAAUUACUGUUCCGGAGUAA